CUCUCCAGAACCAUGGGAACGGCGGCGGACGCGGAGUGGCUGCGCUGGGUGAACAAAAAAUUCGGGAAAGUCGCUGGGAAGGAGAAGGAAAUCAGCCUGGAAGAGUUCAAAUCCGCCCUGCAGGUCAAGGAGUCCUUCUUUGCUGAGAGGUUUUUCGCGCUCUUCGAUUCCGACGGGAGCGGCUCCCUGAGCCGGGAGGAGCUGCUGGGAUCCCUGCGCCAGCUGCUCCACGGGAAUUCCACGGAAAAGCUCCGCUUCCUCUUCCAGGUGUACGAUGUGGACGGUGAGAGGAGAAAAAUGAGAUCCGUUGGGGUUUUUUGGGAUAAAUUUGGGAUUUGGUCUUCUCUGAGCAUCCGGCUUUGGCUGGGAUGAGGCUGCUGCCCUCGUUCCAUGUGGGAAUGGGAAAAUUCCAGCAGGAAGACAAGGAUUCCAUUGGUCACACCUGAGGAUUUCCCAGGAUUUUCCAUCAGCCGGGGAGAGCGGGAUCUGCUCAGCUCCAAUCCCAACUCCCCAUCCCACUUUCCUGAAAUUGUGGGAUUGUUUGGGUUGGAAAAGCCCUCGGAGAUCGAAUCCAACUGUUCCCAUCCCCAACCCCCUUCCAAUGCUUCCCUUUCCAUGAAGGAAUAUUC